AGUUAAACGUAUGUGGUCUGAAGCCGUGUCUAAUUACUUAGCUGAAAAUGAUGAUAUUUCUUUGCCUCGUUGCAACUUUCACAUUAUUUUUAACAAAAUAUGGCCAAAUAUACUUACAAAAAGAGGAUUGAUUGUUAAUGCGUUUUACCAUUGUGGUUUGCAUCCCCUAAGAAACCCAGUAAAAGAUUUCGAAUAUAAAAAAGCAGAGGUUUUUAAUAAAGCAACAAUUCACCAGGUAGACCAAAAUUUAUCUAUUUUAAGGACUAUUAUACCUUCUCCUGAAAAAAAAAGGAAACCUACUCAUUCAAAACGUUACAUUGCUCUUAUUACAUCACCAGGUAAUGUUAAGUUUAUAAAAGAGCCUCCUGCUAAAAAGGCUGCAAUAAAAAAUGUGGUCAGUGUUAAACAGAAGUCAAAAAAGGAUCACGAUAAAUCAGUUAAAACCAAAUCAAAAAAUACUUUUUUUUCAGCUGAUUCUGAUCACCCAAGUUCUUCAAGUUUUAUUCUAAAAAAUAACACUGAUAAAGACUUUUGUUGUGUUUGUGCAGCUGUUUGGGCAGAAGCAAGUGAAGAUUGGCUUAAAUGUUUAAAUUGCAAUCAGUGGGCAUGCGAAGGAUGUUUUGGAGUUGAUACAUGUGCAAAUUGUGUGCAAUGAACAUAUAAACGUCUUGUAAAUUUUUAAAUAGUCAUAGUAGUGAUAUGAUUUUUUGUUGCUUUAACGUGCUAUUUUUUGCGCUAGCGCGGUUAUACGGUUUUCAUUUAUGCCAAAAUCAUUAUUUGAUAUUUUCUUGGAAAAAGUUUAACAAUUGAUGUCCUUUUAGAUGUCCUUUUUGAUGUCCUUUUACCCUAGGCCACUGCAGUCGAGGAGGCUACUUUAGUUGUGUUUACAACCCUCUCUCAACUCUAUAACUCC